CCCCCUUACAUGAAAAUCCCCCAUCAGACUCCCCCCUUACAUGAGAGUCCCCAUCAGACUCCCUCCUUACAUGAGACUCCCCAUCAGACUCCCCCCCCCUUACAUGAGAGUACCCAUUAGAAUCCCCACUUACAUCCAGGUCCCCAUCGGAAUCCCCCCUUAUAUCCAGGUCCCCAUCAGAAUCCCACUUUACAUCCAUAUCCCAAUCAGAAUCCCCCUUACAUCAAAGUCCCCAUCAGAGUCCUCCCUUACAUCCAGCUCCCCAUCAGAAUCCUCCCUUACAUCUAGGUCCCCAUCAGAAUCUCCCCUUUCAUCAAAGUACCCAUCAGAGUCCCCCCUUACAUCCAGGUCCCCAUCAGAGUCCCCC